AUUUACCUUCGCGUAAAUCGUGACACUUCUCUGUAACGAACAUAUUGUUACGUUUGUACGACAGUCUUUGUAUUUGCUUAGUUGAAGAAUCGAAUGAACUUAAUAAUGGAUCCGUUCAGUAGUUACGAUAGAACCGACUUAGUGGAGAUGCUCUGCCCAGAAUCGAGACGUAAAUACAUACAUAUAUGUAUAUAUCUUUGUCGUACGCAUAAAAGCCAGUCCAAGGAAACGAGAUUGUAGUGAUCUCGUUUUUCUCAGUCUCUAGCGAUAAAAAGAGACAAGACGGUUGAAGACGCCAACAAGGUGUGCCCUUCGUUUCCUAAUCUAAAUGACGACGAUGAUCAUUUCGUACUGGACAUGGACUCAUUGGUCACAUUGAAAACUAAUGCCCUGACCACGCGUAGUUACGAACCUCCCCGAAAAAAGUGUUACUUUGGUGAUGAAAAUAAUGAAAUUGAUGGUACCGGUUGGUCUGAUAAACCUAUUAGAAACUGGUGUCAAGAAGAAACAAUAAACUGGUUGAUGUCUGCGGCAUCUUAUAUCGGACAACCGUAUAGUCUGAUACAACAUAGUCUUGCGGUACCAGGAAACGAGUUGGUCACCUUUACCAGAGACGAUUUUAUCAACCAUGAUCCUAUGUACGGAGAUCGACUCUAUGACCUACUCCACUCUCAGCAUAUCUCGAAUAUACUUCCACCAUUUAAUACCAUCCAUCCUCAUUCCGAAGACGAAUAUGCGCGAAUUAAUUCCAACAGUACAUCAGAUGCAGAAUCAGAUAAUAAUAGUAUUGAUUACCAAACUACCAAACGGCCACCAGGGAGGCCAAGGGUAUUAAAACCAAAAAAAAGUUCUACUAGCCAGGGAAAGCUUUGGGAAUUCAUCAGGGACCUCUUACGUAAUCGAGAAACGUGUCCAAGUUUAAUCUGUUGGGAAGAUUAUUCUCAAGCGAAAUUUCGGUUCGUUAAAAGCGAUGAGGUCGCGAAACGAUGGGGUUCAAGAAAAGGAAACACAAAAAUGACGUACGAGAAACUGAGUCGAGCAAUGAGGUACUAUUAUAAAAGCAAAAUUUUUCAACCUGUACUCGGUAGAAGAUUAGUUUAUCAAUUUGGACCAAAUGCAAAGGGUUGGCAAACUGAUAAUCCAAACUUCCGAUAUUAAAAAUUUAGGAUUGCAUUUGUUAUAAAAAUUGUACAAAAAAGUAAAAGUAACGUUUGCGACCUAUUGUGAAUUUCGCUCACAGGAUGUAUCUUAAAAUUGCUUUAAAAAGAUAACGUUUCUACAAUUAGAGAUUUGUCAAUGUAUAUUUUGAUAUUGAAAAAGGAAGUGAAAGUAUUUUGUUAAUUGAAUCGAAACGUUUGAGCAUCAACUUGCAAUCAAUAAUCUAAAUAAAAGACUAAGAAGAAAAGAUCUAGUAUUAUAGAUGAUACAUACUGACUAGAUUUAAAUAACGUAAAAAGCAGUAUAAAUGAAUAAAAAUGUCGAGGUUUUUAUAUGUAUGACUGAAUUUAUAGAAAUACGUGAUAGCAAAAUGUGAAUACGAAAUAAUUUAAACUUGUAAGAUUUUUUCAAUUUAUUUGAUUUUAAGUAUUAGCGUAAUAGAUUACUUAUGUAAAAGUACACAUAUUAUAAUCAAGGAAGGCAUUAAUUCCUUCUGACUUACAAUCAAAUAAAUUUACUAUUACUUAUUUUUUUA